AGGUGGAAGGAAGCAGCCUUCGAGUGCCUUCGAAUCACCCAGACCGAGUCCACGCUCUCAGGUGUACGUACGCAAACUAAAUUGUUAAACAUAACGCAAUUUUAUAACUUUUAUCCAGUAUUCAUUUAUUCAUUCGCGUGUUUUUACAAUUAUUACAUUACUCUAUAUCAGUACCGUUUAUCGUCCUUGACCCUUUUACAGAGUUUUCAUCAACAAGUCGCCAAAAACAUCCGCUAGUACGUCUUAUCGGUGUGAAAAUCCGCGGGUCAUGAUGAUAACAUCAACAAACGAUGGAAAUGUGACGUGAUAAUCGAAAUAAAUUUAUAUUACCUAGACUAAUCACUUGAUAGCGGUUCACAAACACUUGAUAAAGUAGUUUAGCUAUUUUUUUUAAGUGUUUAAGUAUUUUAUUUUAUUUUAUCGAAUUCAAAAGUUAUAAAAAUAAACAUGAUCAAGUAUUUGUAUAAAACGAGUGGAUUAACCAUGUGGUUCGUCAUAGUCAUCAUAGCUCUCCAGCAACAGUUCCAGGUCACCGGUCAGUUACUCGACACAGAGUUCCAACCAACAGUAACGGCGACGUGCAAAGAUGGCUAUAUGACAAUAAGAUUAAAUCUUAAUGACAGUUUUGUUGGAGCACUUCACGCGCGUGACUACAGAACUCCUCAAUGUAUGGUCGCUGGUAAUGGUACGAAACAAGCGACUCUUGGCAUUAAUCUUCUUGCUGUUCACGGUGCACCUGAUUAUUGCGGUGUUAUUGUUAACAAUAGUACGGAAGAAAGGUCAUUGCCAAUAGCCGUGAGAAUACACAAGACCCUUGAGCUAGCGGAUGACAAAUUUUAUGUGAUAACUUGCGGCAAAGCCGGAUUUAAAAAUGCCAAAAACGAAACAUCUUUGGUGUCACUGCGUCUCCUGGAUGCCGGUCGUCGCGUGCAAGAGGCAAUCUACGGUCACAACUACACGCUCCGUGCGGAAAUAUCGCGACCUGAUGGAAUGUACGGGAUCAGAGUAAAGUCGUGCUUCGCAUUCAACAAGCGAAACAGCAGCGUUCAGCUCAUCGACGAUCGCGGAUGUCCAGUUAAAAACCACGUCAUCACUAAAUUUAUUUACGACACAAACACUGGAAUCGCUGACGCAACUCUCUACUCGAUGUUCCGGUUCCCCGAGAGCCCGCAGGUUCACUUUCAGUGUGACAUCGCCGUCUGUCGGGGAAGCUGCGGAAUUCCAGUGUGCGAAGGCGAAGAUGAUGCAGGAGUAAAAGGCCCUCCCGGUUCAGUGCGUCCAAGUGUAUCAGGCGAAGAAGGAAUUUUGUUAGCCGGUACCAGCGUAUUCGUGCUGAACCCUGGCGAGACACCUGUUUUGCAGACUCUGUAUGAUGACGGGGCGGUGCAUCCACAAUGGCUGCUGUGGUUAGCCGUCGCAUUUGGUAUUCUCUUCCUCAUAAUGCUGAUCAUCAACAUACUCUUGUGCUCGGCGAUGACGUGCAGCUGCGCGAGAACGGACAUAAUUGAAAAGGAGCCGUCGAUUAUCGAGGACUACGAUCCCUAUCGCAGUUGGCCGGGAUCUCAGUAUGGCUCCAGAUACUCGCUGAACGGUAAACCCGGCGGUUAUCCGUCUGGAGGAUCGACUAUGAACUCAACGAGAUCGAUAUCAACAAACAGUGAUCACUAUGCCAUCGUCCAGUCACGCCCUGGCAGCAGGUACUCCGGCCCUGGACACAAGCAUCACCAUCAUCAUCAUCACAGAGGACCGCCGUCCAAUAUCGGAUCUCACUACUCUGCCAAGUGAUUUAUAUCGAGGCUACAGCACACUAUAUAUUAUUAUAAAUUAUAAAUAAAUAUAAAACUCACCGAGUCGUAGCAUCAUCGGUGAUUCUUAUUGAGAUCAGAGAUCACCGAGGAACACUCCCCGGAUAUGAUUACUAUGAUCGUGAUGAUGAUAAAUAUGUAACUGUUAUUACAUUGAUAACGAUAACAACUAACGCGUGACUAUAAUGAUAACAAUACCGCAUGUAUUACCUUUUUAAUUUUAAAUUUAAGAUUAUAAUUAAGUUGUUUAAUAGAAUCUUGUACAUACAUUU